AAUGACACUACACCUAGCUGUCAAAUAUGUUUCUUGAAGGAUAAUGCAGCCUUUUUUCGUUCGAAAGGCUCUCUUUCACCUUGUAGUAAGUAGUUACUGAAUUAGGAGGCUACCCUAUUUCAUAUGCAGAACGACUCAGAUCGACAAAUGCCGCAUUCUUCCAAAAUGUUCAGGCAAAUAAAGCACUAUCGCAGUAAGAAGACCUCAAGUAAAGGACCUCCCAAGAAUUCGGCCCAUAGUACGUUUACUGUCAGCUUCUGGAACAGUCCAUUCUUUAUAAAAUGGUUUAGAACCCAUUUCUUACAAAGAAAACCACCGGGCAUGGUUUUGACAACAUGUAUUCUAAAUGUGGCCAGAAAAGGGAACAUAAGAGAAGCAGAAAAUUAA